CUUCGUUCGUCUUCCUCCUCCUCGACUCGAUCCGCUUUUGCCAACCAGAAAAAAAAAGGCUCAAAAGGCUCGAGACUCCAGAAGCAUCACCGCAUCCCCCCUCCCCCUCUUUCUCGGUACUGCUGCUACUCGCAAGCGGGAGGAGCAGAAGCAGAAGCGGCGGCGUGGUGUGCAGCGAGGGUGAUCCGAUGGGGUGGCCGUCGUCACUGGCGGCGUGGCGGUGGGUGAUCGUCGUGGUGGCGUUGGCGUUGGCGGCGGCGGCGGGGGCGGAGGAGACGGUGGGUGGGGGGGAGAGGGGGGCCGUGGCAGCGCAGCAGGGUGGGCCGGGGUGGCCGCGGCACCGGCACGCGUACGCCGCGAUGAUGUACAUGGGGACGCCGAGGGACUACGAGUUCUACGUGGCCGUGCGCGUCAUGAUGCGCUCCCUCGCCAGGAUCGGCGCCGACGCCGACCGCGUCCUCAUCGCCUCCGCCGACGUCCCCGCCGACUGGGUCCGCGCAAUGAGGGAAGAAGAUGGUAUGAGGGUGGUGACGGUGAAGAACCUGAAGAAUCCUUAUGAGAGCAACCUUGGAGGGAUCAGCAGGAGAUUUAAGCUGACACUGAACAAGCUAUAUGCUUGGACCCUGGUUGACUACGAGCGCGUUGUCAUGAUUGACUCUGAUAACAUCUUUCUUCAGAAGACUGAUGAGCUUUUCCAGUGUGGCCAGUUCUGUGCAGUUUUCAUCAACCCUUGCUACUUCCAUACUGGCCUUUUUGUGCUUCAGCCUUCUAUGGAUGUAUUCAAUGGCAUGCUUCAUGACCUAGAGAUCGGCCGUGACAACUCUGAUGGUGCUGACCAAGGCUUUCUUGUCGGCUGCUACCCAGACUUGCUUGACAAACCAAUGUUCCACCCUCCUGAGAAUGGCAGCAAGCUCAAUGGGACAUAUCGCCUUCCUCUUGGCUAUCAGAUGGAUGCAUCCUACUACUAUCUCAAGUUGCAUUGGCAUGUCCCUUGUGGACCCAACAGUGUUAUCACAUUUCCCAGUGCUCCUUGGUUUAAACCUUGGUACUGGUGGUCAUGGCCAAUCUUGCCACUGGGCCUUUCCUGGCAUAAGCAACGGUGGGAUGAUCUUGGGUAUUCUGCUGAAAUGCCAGUGAUCUUGAUGGAGAUAUUAAUGUAUGCAAUCAUUAUAACCAUUACCAGGUUGGCAAAGCCAGGGAUUACAAAACAGUGCUAUAACCGGCGGCCUGAGAAGCAAAAUGCCAUGGUGCAGGGGCUGAUCAAGAUGUCUGCAAUCAUGGCCAUGCUCAUUGCAUAUACCAUCCCAUUCUUCAUAAUCCCACGCACGGUUCACCCAUUCAUGGGCUGGUCCAUGUACCUGUUUGGCGUGUUCGCAUUGGGAGUGCUAGUGAGCAAUGCCUUCUUGCUUCCGUUGAUUGCUGUGCUCACUACCUGGAUCGCAAUUAUUGGCAUGUUCUUCGUCAUGGCAUUCCCGUGGUACCAUGGUGGUAUUGUGAGGGUUCUGGCAAUCUUUGGGUAUGCCUUUUUCUGUUCACCGUUCUUGUGGGCGUCUGUGGUGAAGGUGAUGGACUCGUUGCAGAAUAUGCUUGAGAGGGAACCAUUCUUCACUCGGCUUGGUGAACCAGUCCAGGAAACUGAAUUCAGCAAGCUGUUCUGAUUCAUUUGUACAGAUUGAGAUGCAUCUUCAUUUGGACAGAAUCACACUGGCUAAUUCUUGAUUCAUUCUGACGAUUUUGGCUCGGGCA